AUGAGGAUGAGCAGCAUGCCAAACCCAGGGUUCUCUGAGGGGGAAAGUCCCACCCUGUCGCAGGAAGGCACCCAGAGCUUCAGCCAGGACUUGGAGCUGGGGGUUCAUGAGCAGCUUCACGCUGGGGAAAAACCCUACAAGUGCUGGGAGUGUGGGAAGAGCUUCGGGUGGCGCACCACCCUGAUCCGCCACCAGCGGACCCACACUGGGGAGAGGCCCUACGAGUGUGGGGAAUGUGGGAAGAGGUUCAGAGCAAAGUCCCACCUGAUAAGGCACCAUCGCACCCACACCGGGGAGAGGCCCUACAAGUGUGAUGAAUGUGGGAAGACCUUCAGUGACAUCUCCAGCCUCAUCUCCCACAAGCGGAUCCACACUGGGGAGAGGCCCUACGAGUGUUCUGAGUGUUGGAAGAGGUUUAAGACCAGCUCCAAUCUUCUCCUGCAUCAGCGGAUUCACACGGACGAGAGGCCCUUCCACUGCCCUGACUGUGGGAAGGGCUUCAAGCAUAAGUCCCACCUUGUCACCCACCAGCGCAUCCACACUGGGGAGAGGCCCUAUGAGUGUUCCCAGUGUGGGAAGAGCUUCUACUGUAGCUCUAACUUGAUCCAACACCAACGGAGGCACCACUAA